CAAUUCGUGCCGCGCGCGCGUUCGUGAGCGCCAAAUAUUGAGAACACUCAAAAAAAUAAUAAAAUACAGACCGAGACAUACAGAAAGUUGGUUAUCCUUCUCAAAGGACAUUCGAAGAGAGAUCGAAAAUGCUGCGACCCCGCUGCCUGGUGUCCUUUGUGGCACUCUGCCUGGUAAUUGGCCUAGGAAUGCGCUGCGAUGCUAGAGCCGUGAACGUGAGCAACACCUGGACAAUGCCGCAGGAGGGCCUGAACGUCUUCUAUCGCUUCUUCCGCGAUCGCAUAUCCUGGUUCGAGGCCGAUGCCGUGUGCCAAUUUCAUCAUGCCAAUCUGGUGACAGUCGACAACAGUUUUCAAUUCGAUGCAACGCGCGACCUGCUGAGGGAAUUGGAUGUGAACGACAUCGUUUGGAUUGGUCUCAUGCGACCGCAGAACUCGGAUCGUUUUAUGUGGUCGAACUCCCGACCCUUGGUGGCGGACACCGGAUACUGGGCCGAGUCCCUGCCCCUGAUGGAUGCUCCCCUCUGCGCCGUAAUCGAUCCCAUCCGCGACUACCGCUGGCACGCCCUCCGCUGCGGGGGACCCGAGACGGCCUCCUUCCUCUGCGAAAUGCCAGUGCCCAGCUGGGCAGACGCUUGCAUCCUGAAGGACAUGCCCAACCUGACCAUGCAGUACAUGGCGGACACGGCCAGCAUCGAGCUCAUCCGCAACUGCCAGGAGGAGGGACUGCUGCGACACACCUGCAAGGGCAAGGAGGACCGUGAGCCCGCCAUCCGCCAGCUGAUCUGCCCCAAGGAGCGUCUGGAGGCGCAGCGCAUCAACGACAUCACCAACUCGCACUUCAAGUCGCUGCAGAUCAUCAACAACAUUCGCACCGACAACAAGGAGAACAACGACAUCGACCUGCUGCCCAACUACGGCCGGCGCUCCGGCAUGGCCAUCAACAUCGAGGUGGCGCCACCAGUGCCACCCGCGGCCGUGUCCGUUCCCGGCCUGGGCGAGCUGAUGCAGGCGGAUGCACCGGGCGCGGUGUCUCUGUCGGGACUCUAUCGCAUCCCGGACCUGGUGCCCAAGCCGGUGAAGAAGGCGGCCAAGAAGGUGAUCACGCCGGACUUUGCCAAGAAGUUGCAGGGCAGCCACCAGCAGCAGCAGCAGCACAGCCAGCAGCAGCAGCAGCAACAGAAGUCGCGCAAGUCGCUGGUGCACCAGCACGAGGAGGAGAUGAUGAUGGGCGACCAGCCGGCGCUCAGCGCGGAGCAACUGCCUCCGGGCAUGGGGGUGCCACUCAACGAGGACGACAGCAACAGCGAUGUCUCCAACGAGAUAUUCGAGCAUUUGCCGCACAGGAAGAAGAUCCUGCCGCAGGAUUUGCGCACCAUGCCGCCGGUUCGUGAGGCGGAAGUCCCUUUGACGACGGCAACAAGCACAACGCUGAAGACCAGCACCUUGGCGCCACCGGCAACAGCGACUGCAACAACCACUACAACAACAGCAGCACCAACAACAACGGCUGGAACAACAACAACCUCAGCUGAAGUGGCGACCACACCAAUAGCAGUGGACACCACAAGUUCUGAGGCGUCGCAAGCAACAUCAACAACUACAACAACCAGAAAGCCAGCAACCACGAUUAGAAGCACCACCACAACAACCACCACCACGACAACAACAACGACAACAACACCCCGGCCUGAAGAGACAACCACUACAACAACCAAGAAACCAGAGCCAACAACAAUGGUGGCACCACGAACAACCAAGGCAGCAGCCGCAGCAGCAACAACAGUAGCAGCCACUUCAUCGAUGGCAAGAACCACAACAGCAGCAACAACAUCGUCAGCUGCCACACCAACAACCUCACAUACAACAACCAGCCAUGCCACGCCCGCCGACAACAGCAACGGCAACAACAACAUGGCCCACCCCAUACAUCCCUCGCAGCAGCAGCAACACCACCAGCAACAGUUAUUGCACGAAGGCUCCACGCUGCAGCAGCAACAUGCAACACACGUCAACGAGUCCGCCGACAAUACGCGCUUUAUACCGCCAAUGCUGCUGGUGAAGUCGCACUAUGUGCCACCGGCGAAACAUGCCAGCGAGCAUGCAACCACAACAACACUGGCAGCAACAACAACCAGCCCAGUGACAACAUCAGCAGCAGCAACAGCAGCAAGAGCAACAACUUCAGCCAAGGCGGAAUUGCAGCCAUCAGCAGUCACGUCAUCGAAGGAGCUGACAGCAGCAACAGCAGCAACAGCAACACCAGCAAUACCAGCAGCAGCAACAACAGCAGCAGCAGCAACACCAACAGCAGCAGCAGACACAGUGGCAACAUCAACCGUGACAGCGACAACAGGUGCAGCUGUGGAGAUGCCAACAAGCGUGAAAGUAGCUGAAGACACCGCAGCAACAUCAACAUCAACGGCAGCAACAGUAAUUGCCAGUGAAGCGCCAGCAGGAACAGCCAUUGCUGCAAGACCAACCGCAGGUAAUGAAAUCAAAUCGAAUGCCACAGCAGCAACACCAGCCGCCACGCCAGCAGCAACAGCCGGAGCCACUGCAAAAACAACACCCGUGCCCAAGCCAGUGAGAUUCACCCUAUAUCCGCUGAACGUGGGCUCCUUCAAGGUGGACAACAACGGCAUGGGCAGCCCCGAGGAGGAGGACGACCAGGUGGACCAGUUGGAUGCGGAGGCGGCCACCAAACGACACAACUUCCUGGACGAAACCGAGGCGCCAUUCAAGCCAAAUCGACGACGCUCGCUAACCAAACCGGAAACGGUUAGCUAUUUCAAGAAGAUCUUGGGCUAAACACCCCCCGAGAGCCGCAAAUCCGCACUUGCAACACCGCAAAAAACCCGUAAACGUAAUCGUAACAGUUACCAAACUGUUAAUCCAUAAAUAAGAUACAAAAAAUACAAGAGAGAGAGAAGAGAGGUAAGAAGUACACUCCCUGCAGCCAGGUAAUUGGUCUUCAAAAUCAGAGUAAAUUUAAACAGCUGAGCCGCUGGCCAUUUCCUCCUUAGAGUCUGAGAGUCUCCUCCCCCGAAAAUCCCAUAUCCACAUGCCGGGCAAAAAGUUUGGGGGUAGCUAACGCUUGCCAAAGUCUUGUGUCUCCGGCAGAAAUGCCGGAAAUCCAACCGGAAACCCAAAAGAAAACUCAAACUCAACACAAGUCGUCUCGCCUCCAGUUGCAAGCACUGAAAUAUGUCAAUUUUUCAACGACAAAAAUAAAAAAGGAAAAAUAAAAAAUAAAAAAGGAAAAGGAAUGAGAGCACAAACAAAUAAACACGCACACUCAAAAACAGAUACAGAUACACUUGCAGCCGGAGAAAGUGCGAAUCUGCCAGGUGGGGAGAAGGCAAGGCGAAAAAGUAAAAAGAGAUUCAGCUGGAAAAGCAGGGAGUGUGUGCGAUGCAAAGGCCAAAUCUAAAGUACGAUAAAUACUACAAGAAAAGUGUUUACAAACGUAUACAUAAGGCGUCUGUUUUGGAUUUCCGUUUGCUUUGCCUACAAGCGACGUGUGGUCACACUGGUCUGAAGAGGGAAAAAGUGUGCUAAGUGCAGGAAAAAAGCAAAAACUGAAAAGCAGUGCACAGCAAUUAUUUCGCCCCUGGCCUUUCACUUGUCAAUUUCUUUUUAAACUCCUGUUUAUUACUAAAAUACUAGAAAUUUAUUAAAUAAACUCAGAUUCUUAUUAAUUUUAAAUUUAUUAAGCCCACAAAAUUAAAGCUUCCGUAAGUUGAAACUAGCUUUGAGUGAGUUAUUUAUUCACUUAAAUCAAUUUCGUUUUAAGGGUUUAAAUUCUUUUAAUUCUUUUAAAUCACUAAAAGGUUUCAUUUUUUAUUUAAAUUCUUUAAGCAUUGAUAGCGACUGGCAGCAGCGAACGAAAAUCCAGAACGGCAACCGCCAAGCAAAUUACAUAUUUACCUAUAAAUUAUGAACAUAUGAAAUAGAUGUUGUUUUUUUUUUUUUGGUGUAUUUAAAAUAGUCAAAUACAAUUUGUGUAAGCAAAAUAAAAAAAAAGGAAAAAAACCAGAGCGGGCGUUCGUCAUUUGAAAAUUUUGAGAAAAUUACUUCGAAUGAUUGCGGCAAAUUGGCGGAGCGGAGAAGCGUAAGCGAAUAUAAAUUGAAAAAUGCGUUGCAAGAAACGAGCACACUUAAGAUUAAGCUAAAAUUUAACGAAUCGAAAGAGGAAAACCCAAGGAGGAAAAUAAAACCGAAAAAAGGCGGCGACGAGUCCCCAAAUGAUACGGAAAAAAGGCCGGAAAAACAGAAAGCACUUGAUGUAGAGAAUUAUUUGUAGGUACUUGAGUAUUUGAGAGCAGCGGGCAGAUUAAUACGUCCCGUUGGGUCGCUCUGAAAAAAAAACCAAAAAAAACAAAACAAAAAACCAAACAAAAAACAUGCAGUAAAAUAGUCUAAAUGUAAACCAAGUAAUGAAUUAUGAAUAAAAUGAAACCCUUUCAAGAAAUUACAAAUACAAAA